AUGGUACGUACGUACAAAAAGAAAAGAGGGGACAGAGUAUCAACAGAUGUGUUGCAAAGAGCGCUAGCUCAUUACAAGAAUACUAUCGAUGGAUACAAGAAAACAAGUCAGUUGUUUGGCGUACCUCGUUCAACGCUACAAGAUAAUGUGAAAAAACUAAACAAGAUGCCCGAAUCAGAAAGAUCAAUUUCGAAUAUGCGUUUCGGAUACCAAAGGCCUAGACAAGUUUUCUCAGAUGGAGAUGAAACUGCACUUGUUGUGUACUUAAAGCACGCGUCGACCAUUUACUUUGGACUGUGUCCACGUGAAGUAAGACUUUUAGCAUAUGAAUGCGGCAAGCAAUUUAACAUCAAAAUGCCAGCAUCGUGGUCGGAAAAGGAAAUAGCGGGUGCCGAUUGGUUCUCUUCGUUUCUAAAACGUCAUUCGGAACUUUCACUCAGGACCCCAGAAGCAACAAGCAUCGCUAGAGCGACAGCCUUUAACAAAACAAAUGUAUCUGAAUACUUUACCAAACUGACGGAAGUGACGGGGAGACAUAUGUUUGAGGCAUGUGACAUUUGGAAUGUCGAUGAAACUGGAGUGGUGACAGUGGUAAAACCAAAAAAGGUUGUAGCAGGUACUGGUGUUAAGCAAAUAGGACCUCUAACAUCAGCUGAGAGGGGACAACUAGUCACGCUGUGUGCUGGUGUAUCCGCAGGCGGGAAAGCAAUUCCACCGUUCCUUAUUUAUCCUCGUGUUAACUACAGAGACCAUUUUCUAAUUGGAGCACCAGCGGGUUCCAAGGGAACGGCCCAUCCAUCUGGUUGGAUGACAGCUGAUAACUUUCUUCUCUUUCUGCAGCACUUUGCUCAACAUGUCAAACCAACCGUGAAUAAUCCAGUUCUCAUUUUGCUUGAUAAUCAUGUCUCUCAUCUCUCCAUAGACGCUCUUGAUUACGCCAAGGAGAACGGGAUUGUUAUGUUAUCAUUUCCACCGCACUGUUCGCAUCGCUUGCAGCCACUGGACCUGUCGGUCUUCGGACCACUGAAAAGAAAACUGUCGGUGUCGCAAAGUAACUGGCUUCGUAACAAUCCAGGGAAGCCAAUAUCUAUAUAUGAUAUUGCAGGCAUUUUAUGUAACCCAUGGAAGGAGGCACUAACUAUGUCCAACAUUUGUAGUGGUUUCCAAAAGGCUGGGAUUUUCCCAUUAAACACAGAAGUUUUCACAGAAGAAGACUUCAUGCCAUCAGCCGUGACGGACAGACCAUUAGAAUCGGGACCAGUAAAGCCCGCGGUUGCCCCAGUAGAACAAGUUUUUGACACGUCCACUACCAGUAACAGAGAUAUAGAUUCGGAACAAGUACUAGUAGAUGACACCCAAAUUGACAGAGAUACUAACAUGAAUUGCUAUCUUCAAGAACAGAAUAUUUCAUCCAUAUCCGUAAGCGGUGACGGACAUUGCCUCCUUUAUGCCGUUAGUUCAUCCUUGUAUGCUGCUGGAGAUGAGAUUUUUACAGAUGAGGAUUUGAAAGAGUCUAUCAGCUGA